AGCAUUUAUUGUGUCGCACCGUCGGGCUGGCGGCGCCAGCUUAUGACUAACAACUGGGGAGCCUAGAUGGCCGGACGAGUGGCUUGGAAGCGGGUGAAGCACGUCCUGGACCGGUUUCACCAGGCGGCCUUCAGUCCGAAGUACCUGCUGUACACCAAUAUCGGCAUCUCCGUGGGCCUGAGCAUGGUGGGCGACACCAUGGAGCAGACCUACGAGCGGGUGAUCGGUGAACUUCCGGCAUGGAACCGGAUACGCACUGUGCGGAUGGGCAUUUCCGGGCUGACGGUGGGCGUGGUGUGCCACUACUGGUACCAAUACCUGGACUACUUGUUUCCAAAGCGCAACUUCAAGGUGGUGAUAGUUAAGAUCCUGCUGGACCAGUUCAUCUGCUCGCCCUUUUACAUCGCGGUGUUCUUCCUCACCAUGGCUGCUCUGGAGCACAACUCGUGGGAGGAGCUGCAGGAGGAGAUCAGGGAGAAGGCCCUGAUCCUCUACGCGGCCGAGUGGACGGUGUGGCCAUUGGCGCAGUUCAUCAACUUUCUGCUGAUCAAGCCGCAGUACAGGGUAUUCUACGAUAACACCAUAAGUUUGGGAUACGACAUUUACACGUCCCAAGUGAAGUACCGGAAAAAACAGGAGCCCAAGAAUGAUUAAUUUUUAGAUAAAUAAAUUUUUGUCUACUAUUUUUAAGUAAAGUGCACCUAAAUCACUGGGGUCUAAAAUCAAGCUAAACAGAUGUGUACUCUUACUUGAAAUAUAAUAUAGAAAUCACAGUUCAUUUUUACAGCAUAUUUUUUGUGCACCUUUUAAAAAGAUUUUAAAAUUGUAGUGAUUUCUAUGGAUUUCUAUUUUUAUGACAAUAAAUAAUAUUGACAUGCA